AUGACUCUGUCCUCUCUCACAGCUUUCUUCUUCGUUCUCGUAUCCUGUUGUUUGGCAAUCUCUCGUUUUCUGGGGCUUUUGUCCAUACACCUUUGGCCAUUGUGCAUCGUCGUAUCACCAUUCAGGAUAUCCAUUGGCAGCUUGCGACACUUGGCUGUUGGAGAAACACAGAUUUCUUUCCACAUUCCUCAUCGAAAACGCCGAACAUGGGCUUCUAUAUCGAUGAAAAAGAUCAAUUAUCGAUCGGACGCUAGCCAACACUUUACUAUUGCAGAGCUUGUACUCACAUUCGUCUUUCCAUUCUCCAUUCUUGACGACACGAUAGCUCGCCCCGCACCAAUUUCAUUAUCGCUUCAUGAUUUCUGCUUGCGAAUUCCCUCUUCGAAAAACACUCCAUCGUGGAUCGUGGCCUUGCGGCGGAACAUUCUCUACACCAUCCUGAAUGAAGAGACUCAGCGGCUUGACGAGUUUCGGAUGAAGACAAUCUUCAGCACGUUGAAGUUGCGACAGCGUAACGCGGAUGAAGGAGAUAGUUUGGAGGACAUCAAGGACGAGUCGCGGAUCACUCAUCACAGCUCUCAAUGGCACAUUUAUAAUCAUACCACCUUUCGGCUUUACCGAUUCGGCCGGCUUGCUGCUCAACUUCGUCGAAUUUGGGAAGAUGAUACUGGUACCUUCACUCUAGUUGCGGAGGAUAGUCAUUGGGUCCAUCAAUCUCAUUCCCAGGAGAAUGAUUUCCAGCCGCGUCGAUUUAACCGUCUUUUUGUCAAUACGUGCUCUACAAUCUCUUUCAUUAUGCGAAUCCCCACUACGCUCUACACGCUCUACAAAUUUCCCUCAUCCAUCUACUGCCUCUCCUACCUCGUGGACAUCCACAUAUCUCAGACAGACAUUACAUUCGAUUCUUUUCAUAUUUCCGAUGCGGAGCCUCUCCGUCAUGGUGCUGAGCUUUUGCGUCAUAAUUUCGAGGAUGGUAUUGCGAUAGGGACUGCAUUACUGUCAAAUCAUUGGGUUUUAAAUCUAAUAUCGGCCGCUAUAAUUUCAUAG